UCUUCUUUAAAAGGACCCAAAAACCCUAAACACAGACACAGACAGAGAAGAAGACUCAAAGAAAGGUGUGCUAGGCUGCUGCGAAAGCUUCAUUUGUUCCAAAAACAUUAGGGUUUUCGCAGCAGCAAACUCAUAAAUAAAUAACUCAUAUCAUAUAACAUGUCUCCUUCUCUCUCGCAAGCCAAAUCUCUACGUCUCCUUCUUCCUCAAUCUAUCUCACUAUUUCCUUUUCAUCGGCGAGGUUAUGCAGUUGCGUCUGAUGUUUUGGCUAGAGUUGGAUUGGGUAAUAAUAUUGGGCGUAGGAGUGGAAUCGUGGGAGGCGCAGAAGAAAAGCCCAUGACGAGAGAUGGUGCAAAAGCCUAUUCAGAUUGGGCCCCGGAUCCAGUAACGGGUGACUACAGGCCCAUCAACCACACCCCUGAAAUUGACCCGGUGGAGCUCCGACGGAUGUUGCUUAACCACAAGUUCGACUCACCACAGUAGAGUUGAAAAAGGAAGUGCUUCAAAGGGAAACCAUAAUAUGCCCAAAUUUCACCUAGGAUUUGGCUUGGUAGCGUAACCUUGUGUUGUCGUUGUUCCAAAAUAUGAAAAAAAAAGGCGUUUUGUUAAAGUACGGUAAACAGUUUAAGUUAAAUUAUGUCGUAUGUACUCGAAAUAAGUACUUUUAGGCUAAACAAAGAAGACUGGGAUAUGGUUUUUAUGAUGUUUUUAUAAUAUUGUGCGCGUGGAAGUGCUAUAUUAAUUUCUGCUUA